AUGCCACCUGAGGGUUGGGAGAGCAGCCACAGAGGGUGUGACGGAUCCGGCCGUCGCACACUGGCUGAGGGCGUUAACGGCUGGCGUACGAGUGCCCGGAGGAACUACAUGGGCUGGAAGCACUCGCCAGAUGCCGGCGCCCCGAGCCACAAGGGGGAGGUGUGGUCCUUCUGUUUUUUGAUCUUGAAUGUGUGGCUGCUGAGCUUCUUUCUGGCAGCGCUCUGGUGGGAACUCCUGUAUCUGGUCCCUCCUUUGGAAAAUGAACCUAAGGAGAUGCUGCCUAUGAGGGAAUACCGCGAGACCGUGCACUCCCAGGGGCAGCAGCUGUGGCUGCUCAAGGCUAAACUGGGUAAACUCCACAAAGUGUCCAGCUUCAUUCGCGCUGCCAACAGCGAGAGAAUUGCCAAGCUUAUGUUCCAGAGGCUGAGUAAGGACUUCGUGGCGAAACCCGACUAUGCGCUGAGCUCCGUGGGUGCCUCCAUGAACCUAGAGAAGACAUCCCCAAACUCUGAAGACCCAGACACAGCUUACUUCUGGAAUGGCUUCAGCUUCUGGAAUUACACGCAGUCACCUACGGUUAUCCUGGAAGUGGGCUUCCAGUCGGAAGGGACCUCUGGCAGGAUGCUGGGGAAAAGAACCAGAACCCGGGCUGUGGGUGGGGCCUAA